GAAAAUAAAAAUGCGUUCGACACGACUCUUUUUAGAUAAUACAUAUGGCCCUCAUAAAUCCUACAAAUAUACUUACAUGCCAGAUCCUCGAAAACUGGCCCCUAUCGAAUCGACUCACCGCAAUGAAGUUUUGCCAAUUGCAAUUAGACCACCAACGUCAUAUGUGCCAAACCAUAAUGUCUUUCUAGAAAAGUGUGAUAUCCACAGACUGAAGCCAACAAGUGAGUUCAAAUCAACUUUCAAAGAUUGGAAUGAUCUUAUGACAUGUAAUAAGCGACAGUUGCGCGUAAGAGGUGUACCCACCCUAACUAGAAAAGCUAUCAGAUCGGCAGUACUUGCAUUCCAAAACGGGACACCACCUGAACGCUUUGAUACGAAAGAAGAAUGGCUUUAUUAUAGGCAAUUCAAAACGAAAGAUUUUAGUUACCGAGUGAUCCCAGAGCUUCCUGAAAAGUAUCGUCCACACCAAAAUGGAAUUGACCAGGCUCCUGUUCCUGAUUAUGAUAAAAUUAACCAAUUACCACAAUGGGCCAUCAAUGAAGAAAAGAGACUUGCAGAGAAAUCUCAUGUGUCAGACCCUUGAAAUUCCUUUUGUGUGCGUAUAUGAUUGGGUAUCUUUUUCAUAUACCCAUAUGCUUAAAA